AUGCGAUGCUCGCGUCCGCGGCACCGCUACGGCGUGACGGCGCUGUUGGAUCGCGGCGCGCGGUUUCUCAGCAGUCUGCUCCACGGCGCGUCGCAUUUGUCGUCGCCGUCGUGGCCAUCGCUCCGCUUUACUGCUCCCCCGCUUUGGGGGAAGAGCGGGUGCUCCCGGGAGGAGUGGCGGCGAUGCCUUGGGGAGUCGCUUUGCCGCGGUGCCGCCGCGAGGUGUCUGCUGGACGCGCAGCCGCACGCGGCGGAGGUUCGGGCGUCGCUGGUGGCCGCGUUGUUCCCGAAGCCCCACUGGAAUAACGCCGUCACGCACAGCAUGGACGGCGACUCGCUCGCAUCCCUUGAGAAGGACGUGGCGAACACUGUGGCGGGGCUCCUGCGCCUGCCGGCACGUUUCUUGUGGGCGCCGCGUGCGGAGGAGGAGGAGGUCGCGACGGAGCGGCCGUGCGGGGCUCAACAUCCACGCACGCCACUGCCCGACGCUCCUCGUGCCCCGCGGGUCGCAGCUUCACAACCUCCCGCGGUUCACGGCGGCGAUGGGGGCCGCACUCCGGGCGCUGGCGGCGGCGGCGGACUGCUGCACAGCACAUCACUGGAGAGCCUUAUUGUGCUCCUCGCCACUGCCCGGGCGCAGGCGCAGGCUCGCUGCAUCAGUGCCCGCUUCUCGAGCCCUGCGGAGGAGGCACGCCUGACGCAGCGGCUGGUGCUUUACUGCAGCGAUCAGUCCCAACCGCUGCUGCGGAGAGCCGCACGCUGCAUCGGCAUACAACACAUCCGAGUCCUACAAACUGUGUACUCCCCGCACGUCCACAACUACCCGGUGCUGCUGGAGACGCUGAAGGCGGCACUCGCAGAGGACGUCGCCUGCGGACUCUGCCCCUUGUUAGUGUGUGGCGUGUUUGGGGCCCGCACGACGGGCGCCGUGGACCCGCUUGAGGAGCUGGCAGAACUCUGCCGCCGAGUCAAAGUGUGGUUUCACAUCGACGCCAGUCACUCUGGGUUGGCACUAGCUGCUGCGCCUCUUGUGAGGGACGAGGCAGGACAACCGCUGGAGUCCACGCCUCUGGAAGAAAUGGACGCCGCGGCUGAGCAAAUGUGGGAGCAGCGGAAGCUGACCUUCCAUAGGGCUGCCCUGCUUGCGGACUCCAUUCACGUUGGCGUCUCAACCUCGUUUCUGCCGACGCUCUCGUCCAACUCCUCCGCCGCGCUGUUGUACGUUGCGGAGGUGGCCAAGGUGGCGGCGGCGAUGCGGCGGAUGCAUGCAGAGGAUGAGGCGGGUGGAAACAUGUGGUGCACGCCGGAUGCGACGGAUGUAUCGCUCCUGCGGCUGGAUUUCCCCGAAAUGCGCUCGGGCGAAGUCAUCCGCCUAGCUCUCAUGCUCAUGCCCUGCAAUCCCGCCUCCGUGGGUCGCGUAGUUCGGGGGCACCAGGCUGCCCUGCGCUACGUCGAACAGCGCGUACGUGCGGAUGGGCGGUUUGACUGCUCUGUGCAUGCCUCCUGCUUUGGGAUGGUGCUGUUCCGUUGGCUUACGCUCGCGGAUGAGGAGACGGCGGCCCUCAUGCGGCGCUGGGGCGACGUCCUCGCCUCAUCUCCCCCGAUGCGCGCAGUUCAGGGCGGCGGCUUCCCGCACCGCGUCUCCCUCGGCCUCACGCGGAUACAUCGGCGCGUGUACGUCUGCGUCUCCCUAACCGCGGGCGGCGAUGGCGGGGAUGCGUGCUUGCGCCGGUGUGACAUGGAUGCACUGGUGGAUUCGCUGCGGAGGGUCGCCGAUGAGUGGAACGGCUCCUCCACAGUGACGGCGGCGAUAACAUCUAAGGCGGCCACGUGA